UUUUUUAUCUUGAUAAAUGUAGCACCGCACCACAUUGUGUUUAGAAGCCCUCUACUCUAAUAAGGAGAAGUUUGGUUAUUAAUCUCCAUCGUCAUCUGCGGAGGAAUAGCAAGUCAUCAUGACGACCAUUCAAAUCCUUCUGCUCUGCAUCCUCGGAGCUGCACUGCUUCCCUCAGUGGUCUGCAACAGUGCAAUUGGUCCUGACGACUGCUGCUUCAGUUUCUACCCGAGAAGAGUGAAGAAAAGCCUUGUCACUUCAUAUUACCUGUGCGAUUACCGGUGCCCAAAGACUGGCGUCAUUUUGGUGACACAGAAGUCUCGUCACAUCUGUGCGGAUCCAAACCUCUCCUGGGUUCAGGGCAUCAUGAAAACUAUGGAUGAAAAGUCCUUUUAAAACCAGCUGCCCGCCUCGAAAAAAACCCCAAAAAAGUUACAGCAUUGUUAGUUGCUUUAUCAAAUCAUUGUGAAAUGUUUGACAUGUUUGUUACCAUAUAAGAAUGCUUUGUAUCAUCCAAAAUAUCAUACAGAAUAAACGCCAUACAAAUACAA